CAGUGGCGGGAGGACCGGAAGCGACGGAGGGGGAACCGGCGGCGGCCGUGGGAAGAUGGCGGAUGGGGCUGAGCGGGAGGAAAGGAUACGGCAGUUGGUGCGGUUAACGGGGGCGGUGGAGGAACGGGCCCGGGCUCAGCUGGAGGCGGCCGGAUGGGAUGUGCAGCUGGCAAUGGCUAAUUUUUAUGAGAAUGAAGAUGACGAUCAACUGGUUCAUCACGAGGCACCAAAGUUUAAUAAUAGUACUAAUUGCAAACCUGCGGUUCAUAGCACUGGUACUCCCAGGAUAUCAUCCUUGAAAGACCUGAAGAAAAAUGAACAAAGUAACAGUGCGGCUGAUGAGGGUCAACGCUUUUAUGCAGGUGGUUCUGAACAUAGUGGCCAGCAGAUAGUUGGACCCCCAAAGAAAAAGAACCUAAAUGAAAUUGUGGAUGAUCUUUUUAAGGGAGCUAAGGAACAUGGAGCAGUUCCGGUGGAUCACUGGACAGGAGGUGUAGGAGAGACAAAUAGUGCUGUGCCAUUCACUGGUGGUGGAUACAGACUGGGAGCAUCAUCGCAAGAACAAUCUGAAUAUGUUUCACAAGAUAAAAAACAAGAUCCUAACCUCGAUGUUCAGAUUUUGCUGAAACUGUGGAAAAAUGGCUUCAGUCUGGAUGAUGGAGAACUCCGAACCUACACAGAUCCUACAAAUGCUGAGUUUUUGGAAUCUAUUAGUAGAGGGGAGAUUCCUGUUGAACUGCAAAAAUUGGUUCAUGGAAAUCAGGUAAGUUUAGAUAUGGAAGAUCACAGAAGUGAAGAAUAUUUGAAGCACAAAUUGAAGUUCAAGGCAUUUUCUGGAGAUGGACAGAAACUGGGAAGCCCCACUCCAACCAUAGUUAGCACACCAUCUUCUCCUGAGGAAGAGUUCAAAUAUUUUGUUAAUUUUGUGAAUAUAAAUGAUUCUGAGCCAACAACCAGUGUGCAGAUUCGACUAGCAGAUGGAAGUCGUUUGGUGCAGAAAUUCAAUCAAACUCACAGAAUUAGUGAUAUUCGUCAAUUUAUCAUUCAACACCGCCCUACCUUUGCUACUUCCUCCUUUGUAUUGAUGACCACUUUCCCAAAUAGACAGCUGACGGAUGAAGAGCAGACUUUGCAAGAGGCCAAGUUACUUAACGCAGUCAUUGUUCAGCGCCUGAAGUAACUUCAUCUUUGUAGAACUGCACAGGAUAGAACAAGCCUUACAAAUCUUUCAGUAUACUGACUCUGAGCUGCAUGUCAAAAGGUGGUAAAAUUGCCAUGAUGCUCACCUCAAACUAUCUUAGCACUGGAAGGAGGAAUAAAAGUGUCGUGGAUCUGUAUCAGGAGGCUAUUCUCACUCUCCUAUGAAGGCUUAUUGGAACACUUAUCUGUACAAUAAAUAUAUACUGUAAAUAUGUGCAAGUCUACUAAUUCUCAAAUAGGAAGUUAUGUAAUAACAUUAACUGGAAACAUUCUGCAAAAGUAAGUAGAGAUUUCAAACAGCUGUUAUAAUUUCGAAACUUGGUUCAAACAAUCACUAUUGUAUUUGGGCUAGAUUCACUUGAAUUUUUUGAAAACUUAGUUUAAACUGUGCAUCUAGAGAUGAAAAAUGCACUAGGUAAUAAGAGCAGAUAUUGUAUUUAUGCAUGAUAUUGGUUGUAUGCUGGUAUUGCAUGUCAUAUUAUUGACAUUUUAUGGGAUCUGUAAAAAAAAACAUAAUUAAAAUGUAGAUACUGUUGGUAACCUCAAUUGUGGAAUAAAAUGUUCUUGAAAUGCAUUCUCUGAAAUUAUACUAUGGUGAAUGCUGCUUCAGUUGUCACUUCCAGUCCAGUUGUUUCCUUGAGAUGAAUAUUACCAGCCCUGUCAGAAAUGUCUUAAAUUGAUCGGUUCUUUGAAAGUGGCUGCUACAGCAAUAGCUGCAUGCUUUAUAGCUGUUUUUGAAACCAGUUAAAAAGUUUACUUUGGAAUUCAUUGAUGGCUGAAAAAAUUGGAGCACCCUUUUUCUUAAAAAAGUUAUAUGAACAGACUAUUCAAUGGAUUUGUUUGAAUUAUGAAGCUGCUAUCACUGUUAUUGAUUAUCAUCUAUUUUGUUUAUUUUUAUAUUGAGAGCUGGUUAUGAAUGCAAUAACUUGUGACAAAUGUUGUAGAAAAAGAAAGCUAUGGUUCUGGACUGUGAUAAAUAUAUGAUUUAGACACAGCAUAUAAAGGAUGAAGGAAUCAUUGACUAAUUAUCAUAAAAUUAUUGGCUACCGAGAAUCAUUUUGUCUGUUCAAAACAGCAACCAAGUUCAGAACCCCUUAUGUGAAAUGGCUGUCACAUCAGUGCAAGUGAGAUGAAUAUGCUCCAUUCUGCUUCUGUAGGGAAGAGCUAUCAUUUUGGCCUCUGCUGCUAUUUUUAAUUGGAUUGAAUUUACACAGGGUAGCACGCUGCUUUCUUUUUGUACAUAUCUUCUGUUUACUUUUAUAUACUGCCAGAAAAAUCUUUUAAAAAAUCAAUUAUUCUGUGCCUUCCUUCCACAAAUGUUGUUCUCAGAAAAUUCCUUAAAACGUUGAGGUGAAUCUUUGCCAUCAUUUUGAAUACCAUUUUUAAAAUAUGAAAAAUGAAUAUUAUUCAGAAUUGAUUGUUUUGCCUGGUCUUAGCCAACUUGUAGGACCAUGAGAUUAUGUGGAUAACAGAAACUUUAGAACUGUAUCUAAGCAUUCAAGAUGCUUUUAAUCGGUAGAGAUGUAUCUUCUCUUUGCUUGAUAAUGUUUGAAAUGGGUGAGUUCUCACUAAAGUGAAAAGUAUGGAAAACUUUUCAAUAUUUGGUUAUUAUAUGUAAACCUAAGCUUGUGAAUAAAACACUUCGACUUUUAUUAAAUCUUUUGUAAUUUCAUCCAAAACCUUUCCUUUAAGUUCAAGGAAGGAAAUACAAAAGUAGUGUUCUACAGCUUGAUAAUGGAACUCCAAUCUUCAUUGACACGUAUUGGCAUUGUCCAAUUUUUGUUAAAAACGAUUUACAUCUUUUUUGUGUUUAAAAGAGACUUGUUAUGAAAAUUGGAAUGUGUCAGCAAUGGUAUCGAUUGUCAAUUACAUUAAUUUUCAUUAAGAUUGUUUGAAGAUUUAAUGUUGUAGCUCUGAAUAUAACUAGAUUCAACUGGACAGUCAUAUUUGUAACCUUAUGGAAUGUUUUUUUGCACAAUUAAAUUUUUUCCUGUAAA